AUGCUCAAAUAUGCCUUCAGCGGCGAACUCUACGACCGCGAGUCUCUCGACUGCCCGUUCUGCAAGGUGCGUUGCACUGCGCGCAUCCGCCGCUCGCUGUGGCGCUUGCCCUCGGAGUACCUCGUGCUGCAUAUCAAGCGCUUCGCGUGGGAUGCCCGCCACGAGGAGAUGCGGCGGAUCGACACGCGGCUCAAGGUCUCGAAAGGCCUCAACAUGUCGCCCUACUGCCGAUUCUCCGAGCAUGCGUCGACGCAGAAACCGUAUUUCAAGCUCGAGGGCGUCGUGUCUCAGCUGGGCACGGCCCACAGCGGCCACUACACGGCCCUGACGGCGACCUCGCAGGACCAGUGGACUUACUUCAGCGACGACUACGUGAGCGCCUGCGACUUCUGCCCCGACCCCCGCGGCAUCUACCUGCUGCUGUUCCGUAGGGCGACAGAUCUCGAAUCAGCGCCCAGCACGCCGCGCUACCACAGCGCGUCUGUGGGGCUGCGCUCACGCGAGCCCAGCGUGCGGCGACGAACUGCCGAGGGCUUCUCCCGGGGGACGCCCGCGCUGGAAACAGCGCAGCUCUCGCGCGGCCUGGGGCGCGACGGCAGCGUCGGGUGUAGGCGAAGCUCCGGCACGCGCGAGGGCCCCGCCUCGCUGAGUAGUUUGUCUGGCUCUGCGUCCUCUUCCGCGGCGCGGAGAGAAAGGUGCGCGGCGCCCGCGGCCGGGGCCUCGCGGGCGGAGUCGAAGGAGCGGUGCAGCGGCAGAGUCGAACGCCACGCCUCGCGGGACACCGCCGCGCCGGGCGUCUUCGCGCUCGAGAUCAGGCGCCCAGCUGCGGAAGGCGAGCGAGACGAGACGCCCGAGGGAGAAGAAGACCGGCAAAGAUGCGUCCCGCUCUCCUUCGCCUCGCGCUCGACGGGGCGCCUCUCGCGCCGGUCAACCUGCAACUCUAACGACGCCGAAGCGUGCUCGUCGGCGUCCUCCUCGCGCUCUCCCGUCGAGCGCCGCGACCGGAAGAAUCGGCGCUCCUCUGGGUUCAGAGAGGCCUUCUCUCUCGGCAGGCGGCGGCGGAAGGCCGAGGAGGAAGACGGCGCGGAGAAACGCGAAGAAGACGAACGCGCCGCCGCUGAGCCCAGCCGCGACGACGCCCGAGGUGCAGAGAGAACGAGCGCAGAGAGAUCCGGGGGGAAGGGACUCGACGCGGAGCCGCAGAGCCACACUCGCCUGCCGUCUCGUCUUUCGAUUGCGCAGCACUCCACCAAGCGGGACGCCUCAGCGUCUGCUCAGGGCGAAUCUGAGGCCGCCUCUGCCUCGCCCGCUGCGGAGAGGGGGAGCGCCGGCACCGCCUAUUCGUCUUCCGCGGAUCGUCCCACGUAUUCUUCGAGCUCGUCGUCUUCGACGUCGCCGUAUCAUCCUGAUGCGUCCGCCGGGGCUGGGGCGCGACAGCCGUGUGCGCGUCACGCCUCUACAUCAUCUGUCUCUGCUGCAUCGGCGUCGGCGUCUGCUUCGUCCAAGUCUCUCCACCCGCCAGAGGCCGCGGGGCCCGCGCCUGCGCCUCUGUCGAGCGCGACCGGCGCGGAGGCCGCGACGCCCCGCACCUGCGAGGACGAGGGACCCGCGGCGCGCGGCGUGCGUCUCGGCGGGUCGUUCUCUUCUACGGGGCCCUCGCCGUCUUCCUCGCCGUCCCACGGUCAGCGGCGGUGGCUGCCUCCGCGCAGGGCUUCUCUUGAGAAGGAAGCGCCAUCCGCGGACAAGCAGCAGCGCAUCGCGUCCUCUCCGUUUCCCGCCGCGUCGCCUUUCUUCCGGCGCAGCCGGCAGGCCUCCAGGUCCCGCGCGUCCGCGGCGUCGCAGGACGCCGACAGGGGAUCAGAGGGCAGCCUCGUGUUGCAGGCGCGGUCGCUGCCCUCUCCAGCGGACGCGGGCGCGGCGGCGCUGGAGCCGCUCUCCGCGUCGUCCGCGAUCCACUCGCCGGUCCUCGCUGGCGUCCCGCUCGGCGAGGCGGCAGGCGCGGAGGAGGGCGACGGCGGCGAGGCGGCGAAGCGCCGAGCGGGACCUGGGUCGCCCGGCGAGAAGAAGGAGAAGGCCGCCGAGGAGACUCCGCGCGGGCGCUUCGCCUUCUACUCGGGGCGCAGGUGGAAGCACCGGCGCGAGGCGCACGGCCCGUCCUGCUCCAUCGGCCGCGACCGCGAGCGGCAGCCGCGGCAGAGCACGUCGUCGGCAGGCGAGGGCGAGGAGGCGGAGGCCUUCGCUCGGGCUUCGUCGCGGCAGUCCGAAGGCGCGCAUAAGACGAGGUCGUCUGCUUUCCCGGCCUCCUCGUCUUUCUGGCGCCCCAGAGAGGGCGCGAGAGAGAGCGCCUUCGCGAGCCGAGCCACGUCGAAGGAGCGGGGCGGCGCGCCCGACGCCGAGGACAGCAGCGACAGGCGCCGUGGAGGCGGGGACGACGAGGCCUGGGAGAAGCGCAGCGGCGGCCCCAGGAACUCGCCCUCUGCGUCCUCGAGCGGCGUGCAGGACGCGACAAGUUGCCCGACGAUUCUCAGCAGCAUGCAGUUUCGCGAGCGAGGACGCCGUGCCGGAGGAUGCCAAGCCGACCACCAAGGGGGGGGGUCGCCGCACGCGUCUUUCUCUCCCUCCUGUUUCUCCACCGGGGCGCGGCACCGCUCGACGUCUUCGGCGCGGCGGCCGUCGCACAGUUCCUCGCUCUCUGCCACGAGUCGCCUCUCUUCGCUCCUGUGGGGCAGCAGCAGUGGCGGCGGGGCUGCGGUCUCGCCCUCGGCCGCGUCUGCGGCCUGCACGCCGGCGACUACGCCGCACGCCUCGCCCUUGGCCCUGCCGCUGGCUGGGGCGGCCAAGGAGCAGUGGCUCGCUGCGCUGGGUCUCGAAGACGACCACGACGAAGCGGGCGACGGCCGGCGAGAUGCCCGCGCAGGGCUGAGGGGAGAAGAAGAGACCGGGGAGCUGCUUGACGACCGGAAGGACGCGGGCUCGCCGCGGGACAACUCGCGAAAGGCGCUGAGUGGCGGACAGAAAAAGCCGCUGUCCCGCGGGCCGCUGGCGGCGCUGCGGUCCGCAGCUGCCGUCGCCUCGGGCGCCUUCUGGAUGGCGCGUGGAAAGGAGGAGGAGGGCGAAGAGGAGGAAAAGAAGCAGCGCAAGCGCGCAGAGAAGAACGAAAAACUUGACAAGAAGAGUAAGGCGAAGAAGAAAGAGUGGAGUGAAAGAAAGAGUCUGUCGAAUGGUAAAGAAAAACCUGAACCCCGCGGCAGUAUUCAACACGAGGGAGAGAGAGACAGUGUCGGGGCACCGGAAGAAGGAGGCAGGGACGAGAGGGAAGACAGACAGCCUCUCGAGCCGCGCGACGGAAUAAGAGAGCACAAAGAUUGCACAGAAGGCGCCGCGCCUCUCGCGGGCAAGCCGAGCACACGUGAUCACGAUGCCACCUCCACACGCUGCACACUGUCCCCUCUCUCUUCGGCGGUUUUGGAGACCGUCCGCGGAGGAGGCGCGACCGCAGCCGCGGGGUCGUCGAGUGUCUCCACCACGCCGCGGCUCGACGACGCCCAACUAGCGCUGGCGACGCCAACGACGCCAACGACGCUGGCGCUGACCAUGGGCACGCCGGUGCUGCAUGACAUCGCGGCGCCGUUGCUCCACCAGCUCUCUGAGAAAUCGCUCUCUCCUCCGCGGAUCCCCUUCAUCACGCCGCCGCUUUUCCCGCACACGUCUUGCCCGAUUUCUAGUCCGCCCUCGCCGCCGUCGCCUCUCAUCAUCCCUGCAGCGUACUCGCGCUUCAACACGCCCAUGUACUCGCCCGCGUUCGCGCCCGCCUCGCCUCCGGCUUCUACGCCCUCCUCUCCGUUCUUGUCGCCCCUCGACAGCAACUCGCGCCACAUGUCGGAGGGACCAGGCACGUCCCCCCCCGGCGCCCCGGCGUCGGGCGCGGUGGAGCCCGAGACCGACGAGCCCUGUCCGCCGACCGCGCCCUACGGGUUUGCCUGCUCGCCUCGCAUUCUGUCGGUCGCCUCGUUUGCCUCCGCCUCCCGCGGCGCGUCCUCCAGUGGCCUUGAGGGAGCCGAGGCUGCGUGCGGCGACCACGGCGGGAAGCGGGAACGCGAGGCGGCGAGCGAGGCGAAGGAAGGAGCCGCGGCGCUCCAGGGCGCGGGGUUCCUUCCCGCGUCGCUCAAGAACUCGCUCGCGAUCGUCCCCAUCUGCUCCAUGCCCACCCCCACUCACCGCGUGGGCGGCGCGCCGAGCCCGGCAGGCACGCCGAAUCGCGCGGCAGCCGUGCGCCCCGCCAUGUCGUCCUCUCUGUCUUCUGCGUCUCUCGCUGCUUCGUCUGCGGCAGCCGAUCCGGAGGCGGGCGGUGCGUUCCGGGCCGCGAUCGCCUUCGCCGAGGCCACGCUCCACUCUGCCUCUCUCCUCUCCUCGCUGCCCUUCGCCGCGGCGCCUGGGGGGGACUUCCCCCCGCCCGAAGCGGGGGCCGCUUCGCCCUUUACGCGGAGUCAGCAGUGCGGCUCGAAGGACGCUGCUGGCGACUCGGCGCUGCUGACCCUCGCGCCGUCCGUGACCGCCUGCGAGGCGCGCGACGCGAAGGCGUCUUUUGUCCGCGCGCUGGAGCCUGUGUCGCCGCGAGGCGCCCUUCCCGCCUCGGCGCCGCCCGCGCUCUCGCCGUCGCGCCGGAAGGGCGCAAGGGAGAGUCUGGGGCGGCGGUUCGCCAAGAAGGCGCGGCGCAGCGCCAAGUGGGCCUCGGAGUCCGCCGGGGGCGCCGGAGAGCGCGACGACGCGGCGGAAACACCCACCACGGAGAGGGAGAAAGAGGGCGCACGAAACGCAAAGCUCGAGGGAAAAGGCAGUGAGAAAGGCAGGGAGAAGGGGCGAGAGGGUCGGAGCUGGACUGUGUACUCCUUUUCAGCUUUUUCUUCGUCGUUCGCAGGCCGCGGAAGACACGGCGGCGACGAGGCCCGAAGACGCAGAGAGGAGGAAGCCAAGGACGCGCGCGCGGAAGACCAGACCAGCCGGAUGGAGGAGCGGGCAGGUGUUUUCCAAUCCGAUGGAGAAGCACUCGAGGCAGGAAGCAGAAGAGACGGCGGGGACGGCAGCUGCGAGCAUGCAUUUCCUUCACAUUCCGCGCUGCCGAAGCCGCAGCAGCCGCCGGCGUCUCAGGCGGCCCGCUCGCCCCGCGCACGGCCCUACAUCCACACCCUCGCGUUUCUCCGCGGCCGAAGGCGCCGCGACGCAGAAGAUCGCGAAGGCGCUCCGUCCACGGCCGCCGGCAGCGCAGAGGGGUCGUCGCCCUGGUCGGCGUCGUGGGCUUCAGCCUCGUCCCUCUCCGCGUUCUCCUUCUCGUCUUCGUCUUGCUGGCUUCCUUGCCAGCGCGAGGGAGAUGCGCGGCGUGAGCGUCUGCUCGACAGACGCGUCGGGUCCCGGCUCGAGGAGGCAGAAGCCCUCGACCGAGAAGGCGUGAGACCGCGAGAGACGCUGUUUUCCUCCUCGCCAGUGCACCAGAGGAGCCAGAGUGCUUCAGCCUUUUCGCCACCUUUGUCCUUCGUAGACCAGGCCGCAGAACUCGCCGCUGAGGAGGCGCGCCUCGACGCUCGCUUCGACUCCCUCCGCAGGGGCCUCUGCGACGCCGCUCGCUCGAUACGCGGCGACGGGCUGGAGGCCGCAGCAGGCCAGAAGACCUGCGACUUGCGUCUGGCUUCUUCUCUAGGCGCGCGCCCUCUGUCUUGCAGAGGCGCGUUUACUGCCUUGCCUGACUGUUCAGCCGCGCGCCUCGCCUCUCGCGCGGCCGGUGUGUCUGCUUCCUCCGCCGCCUCAAGGGCGGCCCGUGUGUCGCGCCAGGCCUCCAAGGCUGCCGCUGCAGCCUUUUCCGUCGCCUCUUCUCCUUCAGUGUCGGGAGGCUCGCGGGUGUCUCGGCUCUCGGCCUUUCCUGCUUCGUCUUUCUUCUCACUGCCCCGCGCUGCGGAGGCGGAGGCCCGUGGACCCGCGGAGAGGCCGCACCCACAGGCGGCGCGCGAAGAAGGGUCUGAACAGAGGGGACAGACGAGGAGAGGAGGAGAAGGAGACGGGGGGCGGCAGGAUCGCGAGAGAGGAGUUUCAGACGCCCUGCGCCUGCCGCCCAUUCGCAGCGGGCCGCCGGCGCGCGCGGAUUCUGCACUGGAACAAACGCGCGCUUUGCACGCGCGCGAGGCGUCUCGCAGCAGUACCAGGCGGGCGCAGGAGAGAGGCGCGGCGCGAGCCAAGGAAGGCGACGCGCAGGAGGAAGGAGUCGCGGAAGGGGAGGAGGACGGGGACCAAGCCAACUGGCGCGCGACCGCACUGAACAGAGGAGGAGCGACAAGCGUCCUCCGCAGUGCGGGCGUGAAGGACCUACGGGCCUCACCCAACGACCCUUUCAGCGCUCCACUCCUCACAAGCUCUCACCACAGAAACGCUACAGGGAGUCGAAGCUGCGCACACAACCGCGGCGACGCAGACACGGAGGGAGGGCGGCCUCAGGGGACUGCGCGGCGCCGUGGCGAGCCGCGCGACGCCGGCGAGCAAGAAAGACUGUCGCGAUCGCCUCUCGAAUCGGCGGAGGCGCCAAGACAGACGAGCCAGGAGGCUGCAGCCGAGGCGCAGAGAGACACCCAUUCCGCGAACGUCGACGCUCGCGGAACAGACGCCGCGACGCCCACGUCGCCUUACGCGACUCGCCGCCCUCCUAGCCCCUGCCCCUGGCGCUCGUCGCAGUCGCGCCGCGGGGCGUCUGCCCGCCGCUCGGGCUCCUGCGUCGCGUCUCCUCUGCAGGUGGCACGACCUAGGGUUCCUUUUGAGGCCUCUGAAAACGCGAAAAGAGACGCGCUGAGAGAUGCACUCGACGCGUUUCUGAGUCCGCAGCUCGCCUCGCCAUUUCUCCCUCUGAGAGGGCAGUAUCGCUGCGCCGCAAGGCUCGAAGGCGCCUGUCGAAAGGAGGCAGGCGGAGGACCCCCGCGUGACGUGGAGAAGGGAAACGCAGGCAAGAGAAGCGAGUCGAGGAAAGGAAGCGUGAGGCGAGCGGAGGCCGACCGGUGCGCGGCUCGCCGAGGCGACAAGAAGAUCGGCAGCACGACAGAAGCGCUUGCUGGCGGACGAACGGAGAAAACGGAUGAAACGGUGGUGGCUGGGCGGGAGACAGAGAGAGGAGGGGCAAGCGACUUCGAUGCAGGUUUUCUUUCUGCUCGCCUCUCCGGGGCGGCAGUGAGGGAGAGGAAAGGGACCCACGAAGAUCUGUUUCUUCGGCAUCUGCGAGCCUUCCUCAGCCGACAAGACGCGCAAGAGAGGGAAUCCACAGGCGUAUCCACAGGCGCGAAUGGCGCCUUCACUUGCGCCCUGAGCCGGGGGGCCCCAGCGGAGGGGGAGACGUGGGGAACGGACGAGGUCGCGAGGGAGCACAGAGGCGCAUCGGGCGCGAGUCGCGAAGACCGAGACGGGCAGACGAAGCUGGACGCGGGGGGGGAGAAAGCCACGGGAGCCGAAAGCGUCAUUCGCCUCCCCCAAAGUUCGCCUUUCUCUCAGCCGGAGACUCGGGGCACGCGUGACUCAGUCGUACACCAGCUGUGGAUUCCCCGUGGGCGCGCGCCUGCGCAGGCUUCCGCGCGCGGCUCUCAACACGGCGCCUCCUCGCCUCUCUGCGCGUCUCUACUUUCCGGCGCCCAGCGGCGUCUGCACGCUUCGCUCCCCGCGGAGCCCUGCCGCCCUUCGCCGCCGCAGAGGCGAGGCGCGGAGGUCGCUGCGCGUCUGCAGACCUCGCAGGAGUGGGGGAGAGCGGCGGAGUCGCGAGCGACAACACGCAGUUUGCUUCAACAGAAGACGAGGGACACGCGGCCUGACGGCGAACACCGGCAGGCCGUGACUCGCUCCCGUAGUGGGCCCCCUGAGGAUGUAGAACUCGGCGCGAAGACCCGCGGCGCGAGCGAAGGCAGGUAUGCGUCGCGCGCGUCAGUUUUUCCUCUUGCUGCAGUGUCUCGCCUCGCUGCCUCCGCUGCAGCGCAGCAUGAUGCGCGCGAGGACCGAGGGGGUCGGGCCUCCUCCGCGACCGGAGAAAAGCGAGCAGAGAGAGAGAAGUCUGCGGUCUCUGUUCCCGCGGGCUGCGCACAGGGCGAGUGGCGGCUGUCCGCGUCUUGGGCGGCGGCCGCCUCCUCUGUGGGCUCCACGCAGGCGACGACUUGCUCUGGCGCGCGCACGUCGGCUGGCUGCCUGGCGGACGACUCUCCACUUUCUGUGAGUGGAGGCUGUGGCGCGUCCUGGGACGCUCUCUCUCCUUCGCUCGCCGCCUACAGCUACGCCGCCUCCGGCGCCGCCUCGUGUCUCGCGUCUGCGAAAACGCGUGCCGCGGGGGGGCUGCAGCCGCAGCUACGCGCGGGUGGAGGGCCUCCGCGCCUUCCGUCGGUCGGCUGCUCAUCGCCGCUGCCGCCGCGCCCUGCCCGCUGCGCAGACGCGGCGUCGCUGCCCGCGGUCGCCACGCCCCGACCUUCCGUCAGCGCGGUUGGGGGCGGGGGGAGGCGCCGCGCUGCGACGCCUUCGCGCGCGUCUUCGGCGGAGUCUUGCGCGAGUUUCGUUUCAUCCGUCGCCGCGUUUUUGUCUCGCGGGACGGCGACAGCUCUGCGCCAGGCCGCGGACGACCGGCGCGAGGUGCGGGCGCUGGACGGUUGCGACGCUCGGGCGGCGGUCUUCUUCCCCUAG